AUGCAAUUUUUGGGGGUCUCUGGAAAUAGAAAGGUCAUGCAGCUUGGAACCGGUGAGACAUUACAGUCUCUAAGUCAUCAGAGAAAUGAUGAAGAGGCUGUUGUGGAUAGAGGUGGAACUCGCUCCAUUCUCAAAACACAUUUUGAAAAGGAAGAUCUAGAAGGUCAUCGAACAUUGUUCAUUGGAGUUCACGUGCCACUUGGUGGAAGAAAAAGUCACCGACGCCAUAGGCACCGUGGACAUAAGCACAGAAAGAGAGACAGAGAGCGAGAUUCCGGAUUAGAAGAUGGGAGAGAGUCUCCUCCUUUUGAUACCCCAUCACAAAGGGUGCAGUUCAUUCUUGGAACAGAAGAUGAUGACGAGGAACACAUUCCUCAUGAUCUCUUUACUGAGCUUGAUGAAAUUUGUUGGCGUGAAGGAGAGGACGCAGAGUGGAGGGAGACAGCAAGGUGGUUGAAGUUUGAAGAAGAUGUAGAGGAUGGUGGAGAGAGGUGGAGCAAACCAUAUGUUGCCACACUGUCACUUCAUAGCUUGUUUGAGCUGAGAAGCUGUAUCCUGAAUGGCACAGUUCUUUUGGAUAUGAGAGCUAACUCCAUAGAAGAAAUUGCAGAUAUGAUUCUGGAUCAGCAGGUGGGUUCUGGGCAGCUCAGUGAGGAUGUUCGUCACAGAGUGCAUGAGGCAUUACUGAAACAGCAUCACCAUCAGAACCAGAAGAAGCUGAGCAACAGGAUCCCGAUUGUGAGAUCUUUUGCUGAUAUUGGAAAGAAGCAGUCUGAGCCCCAUUCCAUGGAUAAAAAUGCAGGUCAGAUUGUUUCCCCACAGUCUGCUCCAGCCUGUAUUGAAAACAAAAAUGAUGUGAGCAGAGAAAACAGCACUGUUGACUUUAGCAAGGUUGACCUACACUUCAUGAAAAAGAUACCACCUGGGGCUGAAGCAUCAAACAUCUUAGUUGGUGAAUUAGAGUUCCUGGACCGUGCGGUUGUUGCUUUUGUUAGGUUGUCUCCUGCAGUGCUGCUUACGGGACUAGCUGAAGUUCCAAUUCCAACACGAUUUUUGUUUAUUCUUCUGGGACCACUGGGUAAAGGGCAGCAAUACCAUGAGAUUGGAAGAUCAAUUGCAACACUAAUGACAGAUGAGGUGUUCCAUGAUGUUGCUUACAAAGCAAAAGACCGCAAUGACUUGGUGUCUGGAAUUGAUGAAUUUCUUGAUCAGGUUACUGUUCUCCCUCCUGGAGAGUGGGACCCAACUAUUCGAAUAGAACCACCUAAAAAUGUUCCCUCUCAGGAGAAGCGUAAGAUCCCAGGAGUGCCAAAUGGAACUGCAGCCCAUGGGGAUGCAGAACAGCCUGGAGGACACUCUGGACCAGAACUGCAACGCACUGGAAAAUUUUUUGGAGGAUUGAUUUUAGAUAUAAAAAGAAAAGCUCCCUUCUUCUGGAGUGACUUCAGGGAUGCUCUCAGUCUGCAGUGUCUGGCAUCAUUUUUGUUUCUCUACUGUGCUUGCAUGUCUCCUGUCAUCACAUUUGGUGGUCUGCUGGGAGAAGCAACUGAAGGUCGUAUAAGUGCAAUAGAGUCGCUGUUUGGAGCCUCCAUGACUGGAAUUGCCUACUCUCUCUUUGGUGGACAGCCUCUCACUAUACUUGGCAGCACAGGACCAGUCUUAGUGUUUGAGAAGAUCUUAUUCAAAUUUUGCAAAGAGUAUGGGUUGUCGUACCUUUCUCUGAGAGCUAGCAUUGGACUGUGGACUGCAAUCCUGUGCAUCAUCCUUGUUGCAACUGAUGCAAGCUCCCUAGUCUGCUACAUUACCCGGUUUACUGAAGAAGCUUUUGCUUCUCUUAUAUGCAUCAUUUUCAUUUAUGAGGCCUUAGAGAAGCUGUUUCAUCUCAGUGAGACAUAUCCAAUCAACAUGCAUAAUGAUUUGGAUCUACUAACAAAGUACUCAUGCAAUUGUGUGGAACCAGAACAUCCUAGCAAUAAAACCUUACGAUACUGGCAGGACUACAAUAUAUCUGCAUCUGAUGUGCCAUGGGGGAACCUAACUGUGUCAGAAUGUAAAAAGUUCCACGGAGAGUUUGUUGGACGAGCCUGUGGUCAUCAUGGCCCUUAUGUUCCAGAUGUCCUCUUCUGGUCUGUCAUCUUAUUCUUUUCCACAGUGACGCUGUCAUCCACACUGAAGCAGUUCAAAACUAGCCGAUACUUCCCAACAAAGGUACGAUCUGUGGUCAGCGAUUUUGCUGUCUUUCUCACUAUUUUGUCUAUGGUUUUAAUUGACUACGCCAUUGGGAUCCCAUCACCAAAACUUCAGGUUCCAAAUGCUUUUAAGCCCACCCGAGAUGAUCGUGGCUGGUUUAUUACUCCUUUGGGGCCUAAUCCCUGGUGGACAGUGAUAGCUGCUGUAAUUCCAGCCCUGCUUUGUACUAUCCUUAUCUUUAUGGACCAGCAGAUCACAGCUGUCAUUAUCAAUAGAAAAGAACACAAACUAAAGAAAGGAUGCGGAUACCAUCUCGACUUACUCAUGGUGGCAGUGAUGCUUGGAGUGUGCUCUAUUAUGGGAUUGCCAUGGUUUGUUGCCGCCACUGUCCUCUCUAUUUCCCAUGUGAAUAGCUUAAAACUGGAAUCGGAGUGCUCCGCUCCAGGGGAGCAGCCAAAAUUUCUUGGAAUCCGUGAGCAAAGAGUCACAGGGCUCAUGAUUUUUAUCCUUAUGGGCUCAUCUGUCUUUUUGACAAGUAUCCUGAAGUUUAUUCCUAUGCCAGUACUUUAUGGAGUAUUUCUUUACAUGGGUGCUUCAUCUCUAAAGGGAAUUCAGCUUUUUGACAGGAUAAAGUUAUUCUGGAUGCCUGCAAAGCAUCAGCCAGAUUUUAUUUAUCUGAGGCAUGUUCCUCUUAGAAAGGUCCAUCUCUUCACUGUAAUUCAGCUGAGUUGUCUUGUGCUUCUGUGGAUUAUAAAGGUUUCAAGAGCUGCCAUUGUCUUUCCUAUGAUGGUCCUAGCUUUGGUAUUUGUCCGGAAACUCAUGGAUUUCUUUUUUACUAAGCGGGAACUCAGUUGGUUAGAUGAUUUGAUGCCUGAGAGCAAGAAAAAGAAGCUGGAAGAUGCUGAGAAAGAGGAAGAGCAAAGUAUGUUAGCAAUGGAAGAGGAAGGGACUGUUCAGUUACCACUAGAAGGACAUUACAGAGAUGACCCAUCUGUGAUAAACAUUUCUGAUGAAAUGGCAAAAACUGCUGUGUGGAAGACAUUGUUGAUAUCCUCGGAGAAUGCAAAAGAUAAGGAGUCAAGCUUUCCUUCUAAAAGUGCUGAAAUCAGAAAAGAGAAGAAAGCUGACUCAGGGAAAGGUGUUGACCGGGAGACUUGUCUAUGA